AUGAUUGUAAAAAGCUUUGAAAUGCCCAUGGGAACAGGAAGCAGCAGCAGCUGCUGCUAUUGCUCUCCACAACAUCUUUCUUCAUUAUUGAGUUGCUUAAAUCCUAGCGCUUCCCCACCAUCUCCUGAUCAACAAAACCCCGCUGAGGUUGGAACAAGCAGCUGACAGAUGAAGUGGAUGAGGAUAGAGGAUAGUGACCAGCGAAGAAACAAGUGAAUUUACCUAAACCCAUUCAACUUUUGGGCUAAAUAGCAAUUGGCUUACUGUUUCAUAGAAGAAAGCAGCAUUCGGUACUCACCUAGUGUUGCCGUGUUGCCGCAGGGUGCCCCGUGGGUCCCCAGAGGGAUCCCGACAAGAAUGAAGAAGUUGGGCAGCUCCGAUUUGGCAGAGUUGGAAGUGGCAAAGGAGCAUCUGGAUGACAACCCUGAUGAGAAUCCCAACCAGGGCACCCCUGAUGGCAUUCCGGGCUCCAAGCCUCCGCCUCCCAAGCAUCACAUCUUCUCCACAGCUAGGAGCCGACACAGGCUCUUCACCAAGGGGGAUUCAGAGGAAUCUGCCCCAAUGGACUCCUCCUACGAGGAGCUGGAACCAGCCUCGUGCCCCAUCAUCAAGUUCAGCCCCAUGGUCGAUAGAGGAAGAUGUAACCGUCAAUUUGUCAAGCAGCUGUCUGUGGAUUCCAUUUCCAUCGGCUCAGAGAAAGCCUUCAAACUCUACGAUCGCCGAAAGAUCUUUGAUGCAGUGGCCCAAGGCAACUGUAGGGAACUGGAAGACCUGUUGGUCUAUCUCCUCAAGAGCACAAAGCAGCUUACGGACGUAGAAUUCAAAGAUCCAGAAACGGGGAAAACCUGCCUGCUGAAAGCUAUGCUGAAUUUGCAAAGCGGGAAGAACGAGACCAUCCCCUUGCUGCUGGAGAUCGCAGGACAGACCGACAACCUGAAAGAGUUUGUGAAUGCCGGCUACACCGAUAGCUACUACAGGGGUCAGACUGCUCUCCACAUUGCCAUUGAGAGGCGGAAUAUGUACUUGGUGACCCUCCUGGUACAGAACGGAGCCGAUGUCCAUGCUGCAGCCCAUGGUGACUUCUUUAAGAAAACCAAAGGCCGGGCGGGCUUUUAUUUUGGGGAACUUCCACUCUCCCUCGCUGCCUGCACCAACCAGCUGGGCAUUGUGAAGUUCCUGCUGCAGAACCCCUACCACUCAGCUGACAUCGAUGCCAGGGACUCUAUAGGUAACACGGUCUUGCACGCCCUGGUAGAGGUGGCUGACAACACCCCGGAGAAUACCAAGUUUGUGACCAACAUGUACAACGAGAUCCUGAUCCUGGGGGCCAAGAUUAACCCUACCUUGAAUCUGGAAGAGCUCACCAAUAAGAAGGAGUUGACUCCGUUGGCCCUAGCUGCCAAGAGUGGGAAGAUUGGGGUCCUGGCCUACAUCCUCAGGAGAGAAAUUCAAGAACCUGAAUGCAGGCACCUAUCCAGAAAAUUCACAGAGUGGGCUUAUGGGCCAGUGCACUCAUCUCUUUAUGACCUCUCCUGCAUUGACACAUGUGAGAAGAACUCAGUCCUCGAGGUUAUUGCAUACAGCAGUGAAACCCCUAACCGCCAUGACAUGCUCUUGGUUGAGCCCCUGAAUAAGCUCCUGCAAGAUAAGUGGGACAGAUUUGUCAAACGCAUAUUUUACUUCAACUUCUUCGUUUACAUCCUGUAUAUCAUCACCUUCACUCUUGUUGCUUGCUACAGGCCUGUGGAUUUAACCCAAAAGCCUCCUUAUGCUCUUGGGAACACCGCCUUGCAGUAUUUACAAGUGUUUGGAGAAUUUCUGACCCUGCUGGGAGGGAUCUAUUUCUUUAUCAGAGGGAUACAGUAUUUCCUGCAGAGGCAACCAUCCUUGAAGACUUUGUUCGUCGACAGCUACAGUGAGGUGCUUUUCUUUAUCCAGUCUCUGCUCCUCCUCAUCUCGGUGGGAUUCUACUUCAGUGGCCAGAAGGUGUACGUGGCUUUCAUGGUGUUGUCUCUGGCCAUGGGCUGGACAAACAUGCUGUACUACACCCGUGGCUUCCAGCAGAUGGGCAUUUAUGCUGUCAUGAUUGAAAAGAUGAUCCUGAGAGACCUAUGUCGCUUCAUGUUUGUCUACAGUGUGUUUCUAUUUGGAUUCUCCACAGCGGUGGUGUCCCUGAUUGAAGGUGGAAAAAACAACACAGAAUGUACCUGUCUGUGGCAGGGGAAACGAGGCAACACCUGUAAGCCUUCUUCCCCUUCCUAUAACAGCCUGUACUCCACCUGCCUGGAGCUCUUCAAGUUCACUAUUGGCAUGGGAGAUCUGGAGUUCACCGAUAACUAUGAUUUCAAAUUUGUCUUCAUCAUUCUCUUGCUCUCCUACGUGAUCCUGACAUAUAUCCUCCUGCUAAACAUGCUCAUCGCCCUGAUGGGGGAAACAGUGAACAAGGUCUCGCAAGAAAGCAAGAACAUCUGGAAACUCCAGAGAGCCAUCACCAUCCUGGACAUUGAAAAGAGCUUCCUGAAUUGCAUGAGGAAAGCAUUCCGCUCGGGAAAGCUGGUCCAGGUGGGCUACACGCCUGAUGGAAAGGACGAUUACAGAUGGUGCUUUAGAGUCGAUGAAGUAAAUUGGACCCAUUGGAACACCAAUCUAGGCAUCAUCAACGAGGACCCUGGAAACAGUGAAGGGAUUAAACGCACCUUGAGUUUUUCUUUGAGGUCUGGCCGAGUUUCAGGGAAAAACUGGAAGACCUUUCCUCUGGUUCCACUUUUAAGAGACGGAAGCACUCGAGAAAGGCCAACUCCCCAUCCCGAAGAAAUCAGGCUAAGGCCUUUUUCAGGCUCACUUAAGCCAGAAGAUGCUGAAGUGCAGAAGGUGUCAUUUAUUUUAGAAGAUAAAUGUUCAGAGGAGUGAAGGACACUGUGCCAAAUUCAGACCUAACAUCCCUGGGUCUAGUUAGGUAAUCAUGAGUUGGGAUAAGGCCCCAAGCUCCAAGGCCAACCCUUCCCUAAAUACCUCAGUAAGGGCAUAUUUACUCUGGCCUUGGACCCAAAAAUCAACAUUUUUCCUCCAAGAGAAAAUGACUUUCCAUCAUUAGUUGGGAAGGCAUGAGGAUAGCUUAUACAUACAAUAUAUAUCUAUAUACACCUUUAUAUGUACACAAGCACAUAUCGUUUAUGUAUUAAUAUACACACACUUACCUAUUUAGAUGAAAUGCAGGUCCAAAGAAAAAGUUUCAAAGUCCCCAGGAUCUCAUUUGCCUUCUUAGGUGUUCUUGACCCUGAUAGGUUGGUAUCUUGAGGUUGGUUUCAUUAAGCAAAACUAACUUGCCCACGGUGAGCUCUCUCCAGACAAGGAUCCGAACAGGGGAGACUAUUGGAAAAGAGUUGGCAAACAUUUCUGGCCUGGAUCAUCGUAUCAGAUUGGCCCAGGGUUGGACCUCUUCUGAAAAGUCCAAUCUUCUCUCCCUGCCCUCAGUGGAAGCUAGAAUUCAUUCAUUCAAUAGUAUUUAUUGAGCGUUUACUGUGUGCAGAGCACCGUACUAAUCACUUGGAAAGUACAAUUUUGGCAACAAAUAGAAUGAGUCUAGAAAGGAAAAAAUCCCUGGGCUGGAUCUGUUUAGUCUUGAGAGGUUGGAGUGGGUGCUUACCCCAGUCUCUCAAACAUUAGCAUUCAGCCCAGAAAUAAUCUAGUGUAAAAUGAAGCUCCUAAAAAGAAUUAGCCAAAAUAUCACCUUCCCAGCCCGAUCCCACACAGAGCAAGACCAUAAGCAAGCCAGCCUGGUUCCAAGCCCUGCAAGCCGACAGGCUGGUAAUAAUAAUGAUACUUGUGGUACUUGUUAGCGCUUACUAUGUGUCAGGAACUGUACUAAG